AUGAUGUCCCUAAGGAACCUCGCCCGCAGCGCCCCGCGGUCUGCUGCUCGUUUCUCCACCAAAGCCGUUCGCCCGCAAUCGUCACUGCGACAGGCUUUCCAGCCAGCAGCAUGGGCUGCUCCAAUUCCUCGUCUCACAGCAUCUUUCUCCAUGUCGGCAGCAAGGAGAGAGGACUCUGGUAUCAAUGAGGAACUCGUCGCGAAGCUUCAGAGCGAGAUCUCCAUGGAAGAGGGCAUGAAGGAGGACGAGGACCUCUCUCACAACAUCAAGGAGUACCUUGAGAACAGCCCCUUUGAGAUUGAGGACAAGGCCGGCAACCAGGAAGUAGUCCUUACCCGCACAUUCAACGACGAGAAGAUCCGAAUCACCUUCACCACCGCCGACCUCAACAGCAACCUGCCCGGCGAGGACAUGGCCGAAGACAGCGCCAUGUAUGACGACGCCGACAUGGACGUACAGUCUGGUGGCGCCAACACCAAGGGUGCCAUCAACCAGGGCAGGACACAGGAUGGAAACAUUCGCGUAGCCCCCGAGGACCGCAUUGCUCCCGCCGACCGUGAGGAGCUCGAGGACGACUACGAGAAUGAUGGCGAACAGCAGGGCUUCCCUGCUCAUGCCAGCAUCCGCAUCGAGCGUCCCGGAAAGGGUGCUCUUGCCAUUGAGGCUACCGCUCAGGACGGUGACUUCCUCAUCGAGGACCUCUACUACUUCCCGUCCGCUGACCUAGCCGACCCUGCCACCGCUGAGAAGGACUGGUCAAGACGCGCUCUCUACACUGGCCCUCCUUUCAGCAACCUCGACGAGGACCUCCAGAUCCUCCUUGAGAAGUACCUUGAGGAGCGUGGCAUCAACACCCGCCUCGCAUUGUUCAUCCCCGACUACAUUGACCACAAGGAGCAGAAGGAGUACAUCAAGUGGCUCAACAACGUCAAGAACUUUGUCGCAUAG